CCACCAAAAAACCAUCAAAGUAUCUGUAUCUAUCUAAUCUGUAUCUAUAUAUAAAACACAAAUUACACUGAUCGAUUGAUCAAUCAAAAUCGGUUAUCCGAUCAUUUUCUCCAGCGGCCAUGGCCGGUGAAGAAGAAAUCGCUAAACUCGUCGGACUUCUUUUUUCCGAUGAAAAAAACGAUAUUAAACUCCGGUCCGAGAAAUUAGGGCUAGAAAAAUUCUAUUUGAUCCUUAAACAAGGCGUUGAGGUUAAUAACAGUGAUGGAAAAUUAGGGCUGCAAAAAUGGGAACUUUCGCAGAUUCAGUCCGUUGUUUCUGUUGCUUAUGCUAUUGUUUCUUCUUUUCGAUCCAUUUCUGUUGAGCAAGUGGAGCCGAUAAUUGUGGCUGUGAUGGAGCAGUCUUUGGAGUUUGCUAUGUGUUGUUUGGAGAAUUCUGUAGCUUCUUCUGACGAUUUGAGCUUCAUUCAGUUACUGGAGCUCGCACUAGUUGAUGGCACGAUCAAAGACGCUGACGUGUUACAUCAUUCUUCUCUGAAUCUGGUCAUAGAUUCGUUGAAGUCAAUCACAUUAAGAAGUGAGAAUGUUGAAUUGCAAGACCAUAUUGAGUGUAUCGUUCAAGGGAGUAAUUGUUCAAAGGAAAAAAAGCCCGUGGACCGUCUUCUUAUGACUUUAGCCUCUGAGUGGACACAACAUGAUAAUUUGAGCUCAUGGACGAUUGGAAGGACUUCUCAUGAUUUCAAUAAAUUGGUUCCAUUGUUGCAGCACUGGGCAGUCGUUCAUCUAGGAUGCAUAGAGCGUCUUGUUUCAUAUUGCAUGGGAUUGGUUGACAAUAUUGAUAAGUCUGAUGAGAAGAUAGACGGUAUUAAUUUGCGAAGAAGAUUGUCAUUUUGUACAAGAAUCUUUAAAUUACUUGCAAGUGUUACCAAAGAUGCCCCAUAUGUCGAUUAUGAUGCUAAGCUGUUAGCAUCUUUUGUAUCAUUUACCAAUGUGCUGCCUACUUUGUUCAGAAGCAGAUAUGAUUUUGCCACAAGCAAUGUGUCUGUUGAAUUCAGUAUUGAAAGCCUUGUGUUGUUGCUGUUGGAGGCGUUUCUCCACCUAGUUCAUACAAUUUUUUGCAACAGCAAUGUGUUCCAGAACAUAUUGGUAUGUGUAAUAGUCUCCAUAUUUGAUAAUCUGGAUGUUGACAUGUGGAGAUACGAUAAGUUGAUUACCAUCGUAAAGGUUCCAGCUGCUUAUUUUCCAAGAAUUGUUCUGUACAUUCUGAAAUUAGUUGAGGAUAUAAAGAAACAGCAGUACCAGGCUCUUGAGUUGAAGGGCUUGCAUGCUGAUGUUCAGGUUGAUUCUUGUUUAUGUGGUGUCAGUUCAGGAAGGAUCUCACUGUUGAAGAAGUACACAAUUGAUGAGUUGCUAGAAGUAAUAUUUCCUACAUCUAAGCAAUGGGUGGAUAAUUUGAUGCAUCUUGCUUUGUUCCUUCACUCUGAGGGAGUCAAGAUGUUACCGAAACUGGAUAGAUCCUAUUCUAGUUGUACAAAGGCCUCUUCUACCCUGGAACCUGAAAGCACUGUUUGUCAUGAGGAUGAAGCGUUGUUUGGUGACCUUUUCUCUGAGGGUGGGCGAUCUGUAGGAUCAACGGACGGAUACGAUCAAUCAGUUGUUGCUGUUAAUUCUGUUACCAAUGUGAAUAUGCCUCUUCAUGCUGCCACUGAGCUGUUUAUCUUUUUGAAGACUAGUGCCUUUUCCCAUGAAUGGAGUUCUCUAGUAUAUGAAGAUGCAUGCAAAAAGGUCACUUCAUAUCAUAUCGAUAUCAUCCUUUCUAUUCUUUGUUGUCAAGGAUGUCAUGCUGGAGACAGGAUUCCUGAUGCCGGUGAUAGAAAGUUUGUGCAUACUCAUGAGGUUUGUUAUGAGGUGUUACACAAUUUGAUCUCGUUCCAUGCUUUACCUGAUUCCAUUGAAGAAUACCUUGUGUGCCAAAUAUUGACUGUCGAGAAUGGUUCUUUUGUAUACAACCAUCAGACCCUUGCCUUAUUAUCUCACAUGCUUAUAUGCCGUGUUGGUUCUUCUGGCAAUCAAUUGAGAACAAAAGUCCUGAAGGUAUUUGUAGAAUUUGUCUUCGAAAAAGUAAAUUCAGUCUGUGCGCGCAACCCUACUCUUAGAGAACUUAUCGAGACUCUCCCCUCAGUUUUCCACAUCGAGAUUCUGCUGAUGUCAUUUCAUUUAUCAUCUGAAGCAGAAAAGGCAGAACAAGCAAAUCUCAUAUUUUCCUCUAUUAGAAGAAUUGAGCCUCUCUCUAAUGGUUUUAACAGCAGCCAGUUGUCAUGCUGGGCAUUACUCGUAUCACGUUUAGUUUUAAUUCUUCGACACAUGAUGUUUUAUCCCAAUGUUUGUCCUCCCACCUUACUAUCAGAGUUGAAAUCCAAGUUAAGGGAAGCUCCGGUUGCUAGGUCAGUUCCUACGGGUAAUGCAAGUAACCGUACGUUUUGGGCAUCAACUUCUGUUGAGAAUGUGAUGCGGACUUUUGCCUUGGAAGGGGAUGUUAGCAGUAGUUUUUUGAAUCAGCUGAUUGAUGUUACGUCCUUCACCACUUCAGCACACAAGGAAGAUAUUGGGGUUGAAUGCCUAGGUUUGAGUUGGGCUGAAGUAUGUUCUUCUUUUUCGUCGAUUUUAGGGUUUUGGAGAAGGAAAGGAGCAUCGACAAUGGAGGAUUUGGUUCUUGAAAGAUACAUUUUUAUGCUUUGUUGGGAUAUCCCUCCUAUGCAUACUACUUUGGAUUCGCUUCUUUCUGGCAGUGACCUUCAGACUCUUGACAUUACUAGCAUAGAACAUCUUCUGUACUUUGGUCAUUCAAUCUUGGGCAACUGUGGAGUUGCCUUGGGUGAUAAUUUUUCAAAAAUAGUGGUUAGUGUGCUAGAACAGCUGCGAUCAAUGCCAAUGUCCGAGAAAACUGAAGAACUUGGGUGGGACUUCCUGAGAAGUGGAUCUUGGUUAUCUCUGGUACUCUCCUUACUUGGAGCUGGAAGUCAGAGAUAUUGCUUUAAUAAUGGAAUUGAUUCAGUGGGUCUAGUCUCACUGGAGCACACAUCCAGAGAUACUGAGUUUUUUGCACUUUCUGAAAAGUUGAUCAUCAGUUCACUCAAUGCAGACACAGUUGCAUUGUUGUUGAAAGUAUUGUCAGCAAUAUUACAGAGGUACAGGAAUGUUUACCAGAAAACCUUGCUUUCUACUUUCAUGGACGGCCAAAGCUCUGCCAAUAAGUUUUCACCUAUAUUGCUUCUCAAGCACACUGGAUUUGACAAGUCCCUACAGGAUGUGCUUUUUGAGAAAUGUGCUUUCAGUCCUUGUCAACUGGAGUCAAUAUGUGAACUUCUCUCAAAGUUGGGUACUGCUGUUGAUAAAAUGGCACCUGGACUCUUGAAUAAGGUCUUUUUGGAACUUGUAAUGCAUGGUUUCCCGUGUAGUAAUCAAGUCCCCAGUGGGUUUCUGCUUUCUUGCAUUCUUAGCAUUAAAGGAAUCAUUUCUGUUCUGGAUGGACUAGUUAAGGUUAUAGCUCUGAAAGCAAUUAUCUCCAUUGAGGCUGAAGUACGCCACGAGAUUCUUGAGUCAAUUUUGUCAAUUAAAACUGACAAGGUAUUUAGUAGUCUACAUACUCAAUGUGAUGCAAUUUAUGAAAUUUUGAAUGAUGGCUUGGAAGUGUUUGAUUACAGAAGUUUCUUUACAAUGAAGAACAUGUAUGAUCUUUUGAGGGAUAUUAAUGCUAGAGACGUUGUUGAUAGUUCUGUUAGUGAAUGUGUAGUGUUCAAGGCCAUUGAUAUCACAGAUAGCACCAUGAAGGAUUCUUCUAGGGCAUCUUUGUUGAAGAAAUUCAUGUCGGUUGGAGAUUUUUCUGAAGAGAUGGAUGAUACUUCUCAGCAGGGGGAUCUUUUGGUUCUUAUUGAUGCAUUGGAUAAUUGCAACUCUGAAUCGGUUAAUGUAAAGGUUCUUAGUUUCUUCGUUGAUCUUCUAUCGGAAGAUAUAUGUCAUAAUUUUAAACUGAAGUUGCAGAAAAAGUUUAUUGACAUGAAUUUGAGUCGCCUUUCUAAAUGGCUGGGAGAGAGGUUAUUAGGGUCGAUGAAUGAACCUUUGGGGGAUCUCGUCUGUGUAAAUGGAAGCUCAUUAUCCCUAAGAGAGUCAACCAUGAAAUUUGUUGUGUCACUAAUGUCUCCUCCUGAAUCACAAUCUGAAGAACUGCAUAAUCAUAUUUAUGAAGCUCUGUUAGUUUCACUUGAUGAUGCCUUUAUGCUGUAUGAUGUCAACACAGCAAAAUCCUAUUUGAAUUUUGUUAUUCAACUUUCUAGUGGGGAGGCUUCAAUGAAACUCCUUCUGGAACGCACAGUGAUGCUGAUGAAAAAGCUGGCGAGUGAUGAGCGCCUGCUUCAAAAUCUAAAAGUUCUAUUUGGUUUUCUUGGAUCAAUGGUAAGUGAUUUCGGGUCAAAUAAGAUUGCUGCUGCAAAGUUGGCAGAGAAGUCAUCACGUAAGAGUGGUUCUGGGAUAGGCCCAGUGGCCACAAGGUCUGUGGGUUCAAGGAAACAUCCUGAUUCGUUGGUCUUUUCUUCUAGUCAAGAGGGUGGGCCCACAUCUCUUGAUUGUGAUGCAACUUCAGCUGACGAAGAUGAGGAUGAUGGAACGUCAGACGGUGAAGUGGGUAGCAUUGGUAAGGACGAGUUUGAUGAUAGUAAUAGUGAAAGAACCCUUGCCUCUAAAGUUUGUACAUUUACAUCCAGUGGAAGCAAUUUUAUGGAACAGCACUGGUAUUUUUGUUAUACAUGUGAUCUAACAGUGUCAAAAGGCUGUUGUUCUGUGUGUGCAAAAGUUUGUCAUCGUGGACAUCGUGUUGUCUACUCCCGAUCAAGUCGGUUUUUUUGUGACUGUGGAGCAGGGGGUGUACGCGGUAGCAGCUGCCAGUGUUUGAAACCUAGGAAGUUCACUGGAGGUAACAGUAACUGUGCGCCUGUGCGUAAUGCUGGUAAUCUUCAUUCAUUUCUACCAUUCACGGAAGAUGGGGAUCAGAUGCCUGAAAGUGAGUCGGAUAUUGAUGAAGAUGGUUCGUUGGAUGUGGAUAACUCCAUCAGAUUGUCUUUUCCAAGGGAAAUACAAGAGGUAAUCCCAUCUUUGAUAAAAGGACUUGAUGUAGAAGAUCGGGUUCUUGAACUUUGCUCCUCAUUGUUGCCAUCUAUAACAAGCCGAAGAGACUCUAAUCUCUCAAAGGAUAAGAACAUCUCAAUAGGAGAAGACAAAGUGAUAACUUUCAGCGCGGAUCUUUUACAAUUAAAGAAGGCAUAUAAAAGUGGUUCCUUGGAUUUGAAGAUAAAGGCGGAUUAUUCAAAUGCAAAGGAACUUAAAUCCCAUUUGGCUAGUGGUUCUCUUGUGAAAUCCUUGCUUAGUGUCAGUACUCGAGGCCGACUUGCUGUUGGAGAGGGUGAUAAAGUAGCUAUAUUUGAUGUUGGCCAGUUGAUUGGGCAGGCCACUGUAGCCCCUGUUACUGCGGACAAAGCUAAUGUGAAGCCUCUGUCAAAGAAUGUUGUUCGCUUUGAGAUUGUACAUCUUGUUUUUAACCCAUUGGUGGAAAGUUACCUCACUGUGGCAGGCUAUGAGGAUUGCCAGGUUCUUACUGUUAGUCAUCGUGGUGAGGUCACAGAUCGUUUGGCCAUUGAACUUGCGCUGCAAGGUGCAUAUAUAAGGCGUGUAGAAUGGGUUCCUGGGUCUCAGGUGCAGCUUAUGGUGGUCACCAACAAGUUUGUUAAGAUAUAUGAUCUCUCUCAGGAUAAUAUCAGCCCCAUGCACUACAUCACCUUGCAUGAUGACACAAUUGUUGAUGCAACAGUUGCUGUGGUUUCCCAAGCAAGAGUUUUUCUUAUUGUCCUUUCUGAACAUGGUUGCUUAUUCAAGUUAGAAUUGUCGAGUGAAGGAAAUGCUGGCGCAAAAACAUUAAAAGAAACUGUGCAAACUCCAGGAAGGGAAAUACAUUCUAAGGGAUCUUCUUUGUACUUCUCAUCUACUUACAAGUUGUUAUUUGCAUCGUAUCAAGAUGGAACAACUUUAGUUGGAAAGCUUAAUAAUGAUCCAUUAGCUCUGUCUGAGAUAUCUGCCGUUUAUGAAGAUGAACAAGAUGGUAAGCAUCGCCCUGCGGGAUUGCAUCGCUUCAAGGAGUUGCUUGCUGGCAGUGGGUUAUUUGUUUGCUUCUCAAGUGUGAAAUCCAAUGCUGCCCUGACUGUUACAAUUGGAGAGCAUGAAGUCCUUGCACAGAACAUGCGUAAUGGAGUGUAUUCAACCUCAGUUUUGGUAGGUAUAACGGCUUAUAAGCCUUUGUCCAAAGAUAAAGUUCAGUGUCUCGUUUUGCAUGAUGAUGGCAGCCUUCAGAUAUAUACACAUGUUCCUAUCGGGGUUCAAGCUGGUGCGAACGUGAUUCCGGAUAAAGUUAAGAAGUUAGGAUCUGAAAUACUCAAUAGUAAAGCUUAUGCUAGUUUGAAGCCGGAGUUCCCACUUGAUUUUUUUGAGAAAACGGUAUGCAUAACGGCCGAUGUGAAGUUGAGUGGUGAUGCCAUCAGGAAUGGGGAUUCUGAAGGUGCAAAGCAGAGCUUGGCAUCAGAAGAUGGAUAUCUUGAGAGUCCUACACCUGCAGGGUUCAAGGUAACUGUUUCCAAUUCGAAUCCUGACAUAGUCAUGGUCGGGUUUCGUGUUCAUGUGGGGAAUACAUCAGCAAAUCAUAUACCAUCAGAUAUAACCAUUUUCCAGAGAGUCGUAAAAUUAGAUGAGGGCAUGAGGUCUUGGUAUGACAUCCCAUUUACAGUUGCAGAAUCACUUCUGGCUGAUGAAGAAAUUACAAUAUCCAUAGGACCAACCUUCAAUAGAUCCACUUUGCCUAGAAUAGACACCUUGGAAAUUUAUGGCCGAGCAAAGGAUGAAUUUGGUUGGAAAGAAAAGAUGGAUGCAGUACUGGACAUGGAGGCUCGUGUCCUUGGGAGUAGUUCCUGGGUUGCAGGCUCUGUAAAGAAGCAGCGUACUGGUCUAGCAGCUCCCAUUGAGGAGCAAGUUGUUGCAGAUGGACUCAAUCUUCUGUCAUGGUUAUAUGGCUUGGGUAAGCCACAAGGAUGUUCAAACGUGGAGGAAGUAAAAGCAGAGCUCAGCAGAUUGAAGUGCAAGCAGUUGCUGGAAACGAUAUUUGAAAGUGACAGGGAACCUUUGUUGCAGGCUGGUGCAUGUCAUGUUCUUCAAGCUGUGUUCCCUAAAAGAGAAACAUAUUAUCAAGUUAAGGAUACCAUGCGGCUUUUAGGGGUGGUGAAAUCAACUUCCACAUUGUUGUCAAGGCUUGGAGUUGGUGGAAGUACAUCAGGGUGGAUCAUUGAAGAGUUUACAGCUCAGAUGCAUGCGGUUUCCAAGAUUGCACUUCAUCGCCGUUCUAACUUAGCUGCCUUUCUAGAGAGACAUGGUCCGGAGGUUGUUAAUGGGCUUAUGCAGGUUCUAUGGGGAAUUUUGGACAUAGAGCAGCCAGAAACACAGACCAUGAAUAACAUCGUUGUGGCAGCUGUGGACCUCAUAUACUCUUAUGCUGAGUGUUUGGUUUCCCAUGAAAAAGACACUGGAGGUGACACCGUUGCACCAGCUGUUAAUCUCUUUAAGAAACUUCUCUUUUCUCAAAAUGAGGCUGUUCAGACUUCUAGCAGCUUGGCCAUAUCUUCAAGGUUACUCCAGGUUCCAUUUCCAAAGCAAACGAUGUUGGGUACAGAUGACUCGGUGGAUAGUGCAACAUCUGCUCCGGCACGUGCUGAUGUUGCAAGCUCAACUGGUGGAAAUGCUCGGAUUAUGGUUGAGGAGGACUCUAUCACAUCAUCUGUUCAAUACUGUUGUGAUGGCUGCUCCACUGUUCCUAUACUCAGAAGAAGAUGGCAUUGUACAGUCUGCCCGGACUUUGAUUUGUGUGAAGCCUGCUAUGAAAUGGUUGAUGCAGAGCGGCUACCCGCACCUCAUUCGCGAGACCAUCCAAUGUCCGCUAUUCCAAUUGAAGUUGAAACAUAUGGCGGAGAAGGAAAUGAAAUGCAGUUUGCCACCGAUGAUCUAAGUGAUCCAAUGUUGCUGCCAGUUGCACCUGAUAUUGGCCUGCCGGCUUCUGCCCCCGCAAUCCAUGUGCUAGAAACCAAUGAACCUGGAGAGUUUCCAUCUUCAGUUACCGAUCCUGUUACGAUUUCUGCAUCGAAAAGGGCUAUAAAUUCUUUAAUUCUUUCAGAGUUUCUUAAACUUCUAAAAGGGUGGAUGGAGACCACCUCUGGCGUUCGAGCUAUCCCAAUUAUGCAGCUCUUCUACAGGCUAUCUUCUGCAAUAGGUGGACCUUUUGUUGAUAGCUCAAGGCCUGGAAGUUUAGAUCUGGAGAAGUUGAUAAAAUGGUUCUUAGAUGAAAUUUCAAUCAACAAACCAUUUUCAGCCAAAUCACGUUCUUCAUUUGGGGAGGUCACUAUCCUGGUCUUUAUGUUCUUUACACUAAUGUUGCGGAACUGGCACCAGCCUGGCGGUGAUGGUUUGAUAUCAAAACUAGGUGGAUCAUCAGAUACAAAUGAAAAGAACACUGCCCAUAGUCUGCCUUCUGCCUCAGCUACUUCUUCUGCUGUGGAUGACGGAGAGAAGAAUAGCUUCCAUUCCCAGCUGCUUCGUGCUUGUGGAGCUCUUCGGCAACAAGAUUUUAUCAAUUAUCUUAUGGAUAUUUUACAACAGUUGAUGCAUGUUUUUAAGUCUUCAUCUGUUAGUUUAGAUUCUUCACACGGUGCUAAUUCUGGAUCAGGAUGUGGGGCUCUAUUAACUGUUCGCAGAGAGAUACCCGCGGGUAACUUCUCUCCAUUCUUCUCUGAUUCAUAUGCAAAAUCUCAUCGUUCAGAUAUGUUCGCGGAUUACCAUCGGUUAUUGUUAGAAAACACUUUCAGGCUAGUUUAUAGUUUGGUUCGCCCGGAAAAGCAUGACAAGGCAGUUGAAAAAGAGAAGCUCUUCAAAGUUCCGUCUGGGAAAGAUCUAAAGCUUGAUGGAUAUCAGGAUGUUCUAUGCAGUUAUAUCAAUAACGCCAAUACGACUUUUGUAAGAAGGUAUGCCAGGAGGCUUUUUCUGCAUCUGUGCGGUAGCAAAACACACUAUUAUAGCGUUAGGGAUUCAUGGCAGUUUUCAAGUGAGGUUAAGAAGCUGUAUAAACACAUCAACAAGUCAGGUGGAUUUCAAAGUACUCUUUCUUAUGAGAGGAGUGUCAAGAUAGUGAAAUGCUUGUCUACUAUGGCUGAAGUUGCUUCUUCCCGUCCAAGAAACUGGCAAAAAUAUUGUUUGAGGCAUGGCGAUGUUUUGCGUUUUCUUGUCAACGGCGUGUUUUAUUUUCCUGAAGAAUGUGUGUCUCAGGCUCUUAAACUUCUGAGUUUGUCCUUCUACAAUGGCAAGGAUAAUAGCCUGUCACUACAGAAAACUGAUGGUGGUGAUACUGUUACCGGAGUGAGCUCUAGCAAAUCAGGGCCACAAUCUCUGGAUUCAAAGAAGAAAAAGAAAGGAGAUGAUGGAGCGGAAUCUGGUCUGGAUAAAUCUUAUAUUGAUAUGGAGCCAAUGGUAGAUAUUUUUGCUGACAAAGGUUAUGAUGUCUUGAGGCAGUUUGUUGAUUGCUUUUUACUUGAAUGGAACUCCAACUCUGUCCGAGUAGAAGCCAAAUGUGUACUGUAUGGAGCUUGGCACCACGGAAAGCAAUCAUUUAAGGAAACAAUGUUGAUGAUUCUUUUGGAGAAAAUAAAUUUCUUACCUAUGUAUGGCCAGAAUAUUAUGGAGUAUACAGAACUUGUUACAUGUUUGUUAGGAAGGGUACCUGAGAACAAUGCAAAGCAACAGAGCAAUGAACUUGUAGACCGAUGCCUAACUUCUGAUGUGAUCAAGUGCGUUUUUGAUACACUUCACUCGCAAAAUGAGCUCUUGGCCAACCAUCCUAAUUCACGUAUAUACAACACACUGAGUGGGUUGGUGGAGUUUGAUGGUUACUAUCUUGAGAGUGAGCCCUGUGUUGCCUGUAGCUGCCCGGAGCUUCCUUACAGUAGGAUGAAGUUAGAAAGUCUGAAAUCUGAAACAAAAUUCACCGAUAACCGAAUAAUAGUCAAGUGCACAGGAAGCUACACCAUCCAGAGUGUCACCAUGAAUGUUCAUGAUGCUCGUAAGUCGAAGUCUGUGAAGGUCUUGAACCUGUAUUAUAACAAUAGGCCCGUGUCUGAUUUGGCGGAACUCAAAAACAAUUGGUCCUUGUGGAAACGUGCAAAAAUAUGCCAUCUUGCUUUCAAUCAGACUGAACUGAAAGUGGAUUUUCCUAUUCCCAUCACUGCUUGUAAUUUCAUGAUUGAGCUUGAUUCGUUUUACGAGAAUCUUCAAGCUUUAUCUCUUGAACCGUUGCAAUGUCCGCGCUGCAGCCGUCCUGUUACGGAUAGGCAUGGAAUCUGUAGUAACUGUCAUGAGAAUGCUUACCAAUGUAGGCAAUGCCGCAAUAUAAAUUAUGAAAACCUGGAUUCUUUUCUAUGUAACGAGUGUGGUUAUAGCAAGUAUGGUCGUUUUGAAUUCAAUUUCAUGGCUAAACCGAGUUUCACAUUUGAUAACAUGGAGAAUGAUGAUGACAUGAAGAAGGGUUUGUCUGCAAUAGAAUCUGAAUCUGAGAAUGCGCAUAGGAGAUAUCAGCAACUUUUAGGCUUCAAAAAACCUCUUUUGAAGAUUGUAUCAAGCAUCGGUGAGAAUGACAUGGACUCUCAGCAGAAGGAUUCUGUUCAGCAAAUGAUGGUAUCUCUUCCAGGUCCUUCAUGUAAGAUUAACCGUAAGAUUGCACUUCUUGGUGUUCUCUAUGGUGAAAAAUGCAAAGCUGCUUUUGAUUCGGUCAGCAAAAGCGUGCAGACCCUUCAAGGGCUUCGACGGGUUUUAAUGAAUUACUUGCAUCAAAAAAAUUCAAAUGAGUCUGUUGCCCCCUCUAGACUAGUUGUUUCUAGGUCACCUAAUAGCUGUUACGGUUGUGCCACAGUGUUCGUUACACAGUGUCUUGAGAUGCUACAGGUGUUGUCGAAGCACCCGAGUUCUAAGAAGCAGCUUGUGGCUGCUGGAAUUUUAUCGGAGCUAUUUGAGAAUAACAUCCAUCAAGGUCCCAAAAGUGCUCGUGUCCAAGCGAGAGCGGCACUCUGUGCCUUCUCUGAAGGUGACAAGAACGCAGUGUCGGAGUUAAAUCUUCUUAUUCAGAAAAAGGUUAUGUAUUGUCUUGAACAUCAUCGCUCUAUGGAUAUUGCUCUCGCAACACGUGAAGAAUUGCUCUUGCUUUCUGAGGUGUGCUCCUUGGCCGAUGAGUUUUGGGAGUCAAGAUUACGGGUUGUCUUUCAGCUAUUAUUCUCUUCAAUCAAAUUGGGUGCCAAACAUCCUUCUAUAUCAGAGCAUGUUAUUCUUCCUUGCUUGAGGAUUAUAUCACAAGCAUGUACCCCUCCAAAACCUGACUCAUUAGACAAAGAACAAGGAGCAGCAAAACCUGGCCCAGUUCCAGUACAAAAGGAUGGAAACUCAUCUAGAUCUCUCAGUGGUAGCAAGUCUGUGCCUGAAGCAUCAGAAAAGAACUGGGAUGGUUCUCAUAAGACUCAUGAUAUACAGUUGGUAAGCUACUCAGAGUGGGAAAAAGGUGCUUCUUAUCUUGAUUUUGUUAGGCGCCAUAAAGUGUCGCAAACAACUAGGUCCAGCCAGAGAUCUCGGUCUCAGAAAUUUGAGUUUCUCGCUUUGAAGUAUGCCCUUAGAUGGAAACGCCAUGCCUCUAAAACAGUUAAAAGUGAAAUAGCAUCUUUUGAACUGGGCUCAUGGGUUACUGAACUGGUACUGAGUGCCUGUUCUCAAUCUAUAAGAUCCGAGAUGUGCAUGUUGAUCAGUCUGCUUUGUUCCCAAAGUUCAUCACGGCAGUUUCGCCUACUAAAUUUACUCAUGUCUUUGUUGCCUGCUACUCUUUCUGCUGGUGAAAAUGCUGCCGAGUAUUUUGAAUUGCUCUUCAAGAUGACAGAGACAGAAGAUGCACGUCUUUUCUUGACUGUACGGGGAUGUUUGAGCACAGUUUGUAAGUUGAUCACCCAAGAGGUAAGUAAUGUUGAAUCUUUGGAGAGGAGCCUGCGUAUCGACAUCUCACAGGGAUUCAUCCUUCACAAGCUUAUUGAGCUCUUAGGAAAUUUUUUGGAUGUCCCAAAUAUAAGAUCCAGGUUCAUGAGAGACCAGCUACUCUCUGAAGUCCUCAAGGCCCUUAUCGUUGUUAGGGGGUUAAUAGUGCAAAAAACAAAGUUGAUAAGUGACUGCAGUCGACUUUUAAAGGAUCUUCUGGAUAGUCUUCUGCUGGAGAGCGAAAAUAAGAAACAUUUUAUACAGGCAUGCAUUGGCGGUUUGCAGAUUCAUGGGGAGGAGAAAAGAGGACGCUCUAAUUUGUUCAUUUUGGAGCAACUCUGUAACCUGAUCUGCCCUUCAAAACCUGAAGCUGUGUAUCAUCUGAUACUGAACAAAGCACACACCCAAGAGGAGUUUAUCCGGGGUUCGAUGACCAAAAAUCCUUAUUCCAGUGGUGAGAUAGGUCCACUGAUGCGCGAUGUCAAAAACAAAAUUUGUAACCAGUUGGAUCUCUUGGGUCUUAUCGAGGAUGAUUAUGGUAUGGAACUACUUGUAGCUGGAAAUAUAAUCUCCCUUGAUUUGAGCAUCGCCCAAGUUUAUGAGCAAGUUUGGAAAAAUUCGAGUACUCAGUUCGCAAACGCUGCUGCUGCUGCUGCUACAUUACAUUCUCCCGGUACUGCCACGUCAGCAAAAGAUUUUCCACCUAUGACCAUUACCUACAGGCUUCAGGGGUUGGAUGGUGAAGCUACUGAGCCCAUGAUCAAGGAAUUAGAUGAAGACAGGGAAGAGUCUCAAGAUCCUGAGGUGGAGUUUGCAAUAGCAGGUGCAGUUCGAGAGUGUGGUGGGUUGGAAAUUCUAUUAGAAAUUGUUCAGCGUUUGCGAGAUGAUCUGAAGUCCAACCAGGAGCAACUGGUGGCUGUUCUGAAUCUUCUAAUGCACUGCUGCAAAAUAAGGGAAAACAGGCGGGCCUUGCUGAGGCUUGGAGCUCUAAGUUUACUACUAGAAAUUGCACGGCGUGCAUUCUCUGUUGAUGCCAUUGAGCCAGCUGAAGGCAUUCUUCUAAUUGUUGAGAGUUUGACAAUGGAAGCUAAUGAAAGUGAUAAUAUCGACAUCACUCAGAAUGCCCUUACAGUCUCCAACGAAGAAGCUGGUGCAGGUGAACAGGCUAAAAAGAUAGUCAUCAUGUUCCUAGAAAGACUGUCUCACCCACCAGGCCUUAAAAAGUCAAGUAAACAGCAGAGAAACACUGAGAUGGUUGCUAGAAUUUUGCCUUACUUAACGUACGGUGAGCCUGCUGCAAUGGAAGCACUCAUUCAACACUUUGACCCUUACCUAAAGAACUGGGUUGAGUUUGACCAGUUGCAGAAGCAAGCUCUAGAAAAUCCAAAAGACGAUAACGUCUCUCUGCAAGCGUCGAAACAGAGGUUUGCAGUAGAGAAUUUUGUUAGGGUUUCAGAAUCCAUGAAAACAAGUUCUUGCGGGGAAAGACUAAAGGAUAUCAUAUUGGAAACCGGCAUUACCGAAGUUGCAGUGAAACAUCUGAAAGACAGUAUUCCGUUUACUGGAGUUAAAAAUACACCCGAAUGGGUUUCAGGUUUAAAACUUUCAUCUGUUCCUCUUAUCCUAUCCAUGCUUAGGGGGUUGUCUAUGGGGCACUUGCCCACACAAAAGUGUGUGGAUGAAGGAGGGAUAUUACCUUUGCUCCAUGCUUUGGAAGGGGUCUCUGGUGAAAAUGAUGUCGGAGCUAGAGCUGAGAAUUUGUUGGAUACCCUCUCAGAUAAAGAGGGAAAAGGUGACGGGUUCCUGGCUGAGAAAGUUCGUGCGUUGCGCCAUGCCACACGGGACGAAAUGAGACGCCGAGCUCUGAUGAAGAGAAAGGAGUUGCUUCAGGGACUUGGUAUGCGUCAAGAAUUGGCCUCUGAUGGUGGAAAGAGAAUAAUUGUUGCCCAGCCAAUCCUUGAAGGUUUGGAAGAUAUGGAAGAAGAGGAAGAGGGGCUGGCUUGCAUGGUAUGCCGUGAAGGGUACAGUCUUAGGCCAACGGACUUGCUUGGUGUCUAUACGUUUAGUAAGAGGGUAAAUCUGGGUGUUGGGACUUCAGGAAGUGCUCGUGGAGACUGUGUAUAUACAACUGUCAGCCAUUUUAAUAUCAUACAUUUCCAGUGCCACCAGGAGGCAAAGAGAGCCGAUGCCGCUCUAAAGAAUCCAAAAAAAGAAUGGGAUGGGGCCGCCCUCAGAAACAAUGAGACACUUUGUAAUAACCUGUUCCCCAUUAGAGGUCCCGCUGUUCCAUUAUCUCAGUAUACACGUUAUGUUGAUCAGUAUUGGGAUUACCUUAAUGCCCUUGGACGUGCUGACGGAAGUCGACUGCGGUUGUUGACUUACGAUGUAGUUCUGAUGCUUGCACGAUUUGCGACGGGUGCAUUGUUUAACACUGACUGUAGAGGUGGAGGAAAAGAAAGCAAUGCAAAGUUUCUACCUUUUAUGAUCCAAAUGGCUCGUUAUUUUGUUGACCAUGAUUCUUCUCAGCGACAUAAUCUGGCCAAAUCUGUAGCAGCAUAUCUGUCUUCUUCUACUUCCACACCGGAUUCAAAAUCCCCCACCUCGUCCACGGGAACAGAGGAAACGGUUCAAUUUAUGAUGGUGAGUUCCCUUCUUUCAGAAUCUUACGGGUCUUGGUUGCAACAUCGUCGUGCUUUCUUGCAACGUGGUAUAUACCAUGCAUACAUGCAGCGGACACAUGCCAGGUCAUCUCACCGCUCAUCAUCUUCGUCGUCAUCAUCAUUAUCUACUCCUGUCAAGUCAGAUACAAAACCAGAGGAGCUACUAACGAUAAUCCAGCCAAUGCUUGUUUACACGGGUUUAAUUGAGCAACUUCAACACUACUUCAAGUUCCCAAAGAAAGGCGUAAAUCAAUCUGGCCAAACCGGGGAGAAGGAUGAGAAAAACUUGGAAGGUUGGGAGUUAAUGAUGAAGGAAAAAUUAUUGAAUGUGAAAGACAUGGUGGGGUUCUCGAAAGAGAUGUUGUCAUUGCUGGAGGAUAUGACUUCUGCCACUGAUUUACAGGAGGCAUUUGAUGUGAUUGGUGUUCUGGCUGAUGUGAUGUCAGGUCCAUCAGGUAAGUGCGAAGAUUUUGUGUACGCGGCAAUCGAAGCUGGGAAAGGUUGAUUUUUUUUUGAAGUUGCAUGCUCAACUGGUCUAUAGUUGAUAUGUAAAUGCCACAAAAUUUUGACUCUGCGUAAAUUGCUCAUACUGUUGUGCUUUGGGAAUAGUCGUGUGAUGAUUAAUACUCUACUGUUAUCAAGUUCAAUUUACAUCUAAAGGGUGUUAGCAUA